GGGACCGAGGCUCAGUGACGCACCGGAGAGACGAUGCCUGACCCAGUGAAGACUGCGCCCAAGAAGGGCUCCAAGAAGGCGGUGACGAAGGCUCCCGGUAAGGGCGGCAAGAAGCGGAGGAAGACCCGCAAGGAGAGCUACGCCAUCUACGUGUACAAGGUGCUGAAGCAGGUGCACCCGGACACCGGCAUCUCCUCCAAGGCCAUGGGCAUCAUGAACUCCUUCGUSAGCGACAUCUUCGAGCGCAUCGCCGGUGAGGCCUCCCGCCUGGCCCACUACAACAAGCGCUCCACCAUCACCUCCAGGGAGAUCCAGACCGCCGUCCGCCUGCUGCUGCCCGGGGAGCUGGCCAAGCACGCCGUGUCCGAGGGCACCAAGGCCGUGACCAAGUACACCAGCUCCAAGUAAACUGCCGAGACGCCACAUCCACCCAACGGCUCUUUUAAGAGCCACACA